AAGAUUGUUUUAUUGGGUUAUUCAAUGAUAAGAAACGAUAAGAAGUUGUUUUGUGCACUGAAAACUCCUCUAAAAACAAUGAAUCUCCUUUUUCUCUACAUUUCUGUGAUAUCCUUUGUCGUAACCAAUGGAAAUAUAGCCAAAGUCUUUGAAUAUCAACCAAGACACGUCCAUUUAUCAUUUGGAGAAUCAACAUCCGAUAUUGUGGUCACUUGGUCAACGAUUGAUGACGCAGGCGAAUCCGUGGUGGAAUACGGUGCUGGAGAGACUCUAGAUCAGAGAGCUGUGGGACGGCAUGAGAAGUUUGUUGAUGGAGGACCUGCGAAGAAGUCUCAGUUCAUCCACAGGGUGACUUUGACUGGAUUAAAGCCAGAAACACGAUAUUCCUAUCACUGUGGCGGGAGCCUGGGAUGGUCAGCUGAAUUCUGGUUCAUUACACCACCCAAUGGUGAGAAUUGGUCACCGAGACUUGUUCUCUUUGGAGAUAUGGGCAAUGAGAAUGCUCAAUCUCUAGCCAGGCUACAGGAUGAUACUCAACGAAAGAUGUAUGAUGCCAUCAUUCAUGUUGGUGACUUUGCGUACGAUAUGCACUCGGAAGACGGAAAAGUUGGAGAUGAAUUUAUGAAUCAAAUUGAAUCCAUUGCAGCCUAUGCUCCAUACAUGGUUUGUCCGGGAAAUCACGAGGAACGCUACAAUUUCUCCAACUAUCGUGCACGAUUUAGUAUGCCUGGUGGCACGGAGAAUCUCAUGUAUAGUUUCAAUCUCGGGCCCGUUCAUUUCAUUGGAUUCUCAACGGAAGUAUACUAUUUUAUGAAUUACGGCAUCAAGAGUCUCGUGAUGCAGUACGAAUGGCUGGAUAGGGAUCUUACGGAAGCCAAUAAGCCAGAGAAUCGUCAAAAACGUCCCUGGAUCAUUACAUACGGACACAGACCAAUGUAUUGCAGCAAUGGUAAUUCAGAUGAUUGCACGCACAAUGAAACUCUCGUUAGAGUUGGGCUGCCUUUUACACAUUUCUUCGGUUUGGAAGAUUUAUUCUAUCGCCAUGGUGUUGAUGUGGAGUUGUGGGCUCAUGAGCAUUCGUAUGAGCGCCUCUGGCCAAUCUACAACUAUCGUGUUCUCAAUGGAUCCACCGAAGCACCGUAUACAAAUCCCAAGGCUCCUGUACACUUGGUAACCGGAUCUGCUGGCUGCAAGGAAGGCAGAGAACCAUUUGAGGAAACUCCACCGGAAUGGAGUGCCUUCCAUAGCCGAGAUUAUGGGUAUACGCGACUUAAAGCACACAAUGGAACGCACCUGUACUUUGAACAAGUUUCUGAUGAUCAAAAUGGUGCUAUCAUUGAUUCCUUUUGGAUCAUCAAGGAUUCUCAUGGACGUUACAAUUAAGUUUAUCGCCGAGGAAUAUUUAACUGGUAUCGUAACGUGUGAUGCAACAGUAGGAUGAGUGAUUCCCUCGGCGGCUGACUAUAAUACAAAAUAUACAACUAUAGAAAAGGCACAAUCUUCACCAUAAAGUUUGCUGUCCUACACCAUAAGUUUUUUGCCACUUGGUAGAGAUCAAAAAGUUUGAAAAUACUCUUGUUUUAAGUAAAAGUUUGUAGAUCACA